CUUGUCCAUUUCCCUCCUCCACACCAUAAUAUUUGAUCAUUUUGAUUAUUGCUUCUAGUCCCUUCCCUGUGAAUGUUCAGUCAUAGAAAUGGCAACAUGGUUGUUGGGAAGGUCCAGGACCUUAACUCAUCACCACAAAAACCUACCCUUCUUGUUAGGAUCACUUCUUAACCAUAGCCAUACCUCUUCUUCCUCCUCUUGUUUUGUUAAGUCCCGUGAUAUACAACAUGCAUCACAGGGUAACAACUCACCUACCCUUUCCUUCUUCUCGCGUUUUGAAUCUACCAAAGCCGAGGCACAAUUAGAAUUACAUCAAUAUCUCAGCGAGGAUGAUCCAAAUCAGGUAAUUGAUUUUCCUGGUGGAAAAGUUGCAUUCACUUCUGAAAUGAAAUUCAUUGGUGAUUCUGGUGAGAAAAGGGUACCUUGUUAUCGAGUUCUUGAUGACAAUGGAGAGCCCCUGAAAUACAGCAAUUAUGUACAGGUUAGCAAGGAAAUGGCUGUGAAGAUAUAUUCUGACAUGGUCACUCUUCAAACUAUGGACAACAUAUUCUAUGAAGUGCAGAGGCAAGGAAGAAUUUCCUUCUACCUCACCUCAAUGGGAGAAGAAGCAGUUAACAUUGCAUCCGCAGCUGCACUUGCUUCUGAUGAUAUUGUAUUGCCUCAGUACCGAGAGCCAGGAGUUCUAUUGUGGCGUGGUUUUACACUGCAACAAUUUGCUCACCAGUGUUUUGGAAACACAAGUGAUAUUGGUAAAGGCAGGCAGAUGCCAAUACACUACGGGUCUAACAAGCACAAUUACUUCACAGUGUCAUCCCCCAUUGGAACACAACUCCCUCAAGCUGUGGGCGCUGCUUAUUCCCUUAAAGUGGAUGGGAAAAGUGCAUGUGCAGUCACUUAUUGCGGUGAUGGUGGCACAAGUGAGGGAGAUUUCCAUGCUGGUUUGAAUUUUGCAGCAGUAUUGGAGGCCCCUGUUAUUUUUAUAUGUCGCAACAAUGGAUGGGCAAUCAGUACCCCUGUAGAAGAACAGUUUCGAAGUGAUGGUAUUGUAGUCAAAGGUAAAGCUUAUGGCAUCUGGAGUAUCAGAGUAGAUGGAAAUGAUGCUCUUGCUGUGUAUAGUGCAGUUCAUACUGCUCGCGAAAUCGCUAUAAGAGAUAAAAGACCAGUUCUAAUUGAGGCUCUCACUUAUAGAGUAGGACACCAUUCUACAUCUGAUGAUUCAACCAAGUACCGGCCAAUUGAUGAGAUUGAAUAUUGGAAAAUGGAAAGAAAUCCUGUGAAUAGAUUCAAAAUAUGGGUAGAAAGGAAUGGUUGGUGGAGUGAAAAGGAUGAAUUGGAGCUUAGAAGCAGUGUCAGGAAGCAGUUAUUGCAAGCAAUUCAGGAGGCAGAGAAAGCACAAAAACCUCCACUUGAGGACUUGUUUAAUGAUGUCUAUGACCAACAGCCAUCAAACCUUCAAGAACAAGAUAGAGUACUUAGAAAAACCAUCACUAAGCAUCCCAAAGACUACCCUUCCGAUGUUCCUUUGUAGAUAUGCCAAUUCAAAUAAGGAAUUGUACUAAACCUGACUGUCAGAAUGUUAAAUAAAGAUAGGGAUUGGAUGUUCUUAUUGCAUCUUUUAUUGUGAUGAUUACUAUGUUAUUCACCA